AGAACCGAAUCUUGCAAAUAUAAUAGCACAGCAGAUGGACAUUACUGAACCACUGAGUCACUUAAGAGAACUUCUUGAAGAAAGAAUUGGAGUGUCACUGAUAGACUAUGAGUUCUAUCUGCAAAAUGAACAGCAGCUCGAUGCAUCGAGAAAUCUAGUGGAGCAAUGCGUGCAGGGUGAAGGCAUGGUACAGAUCAACAUAGAGCUUAUCCAACCGACCAAUGAGAAGCCCCGAAUCAACAUCGUUGACGUUCUGAAGCCUGCUGAAGAGGAGGUGGAGAUUGCAACUGACACAGAUGUACAGAGAGUGAUGGCAGGUGGAGUCGUCGUGUCAGAGUCGUCUGAUGUCACCCGAUGGACCGUAUCAGAGGAAUUCCGCAAGGAGCAGGCUCGCCUUGGGAUGUCACCUGUUAUGUGAACUCUCACACGAAGAAUUCCAAAAGUACAUUCCAAUGGACAAAGGCGACCUCUUCUGGACACAUUUGGAGUUGCUGAGAAAAUGCAAGUUUGUCGCUGUGGUUCAACCUCAACAGACGAUUGUCGCCAUAGCCAGUACAGAACCUAAGAUACGGACGUACGGCCGGCCCGGGGUGUGCUCAGCACAGAAGGUGAGGAUGUCCAAGAUGACUGGAUUCACAACAACUUCACCUGGUAACAGGACAGGCAACAACGGACAGAUUCAGCUGUGGCAGUUUCUGCUGGAGCUACUCACUGACAAGGACUCACGCGAGUGCAUACACUGGGUCGGCGAGGAUGGCGAGUUCAAGCUGUCGAACCCGGAGAUGGUCGCACAGCUGUGGGGCAUGCGCAAGAACAAGCCGACAAUGAACUACGAGAAGCUGUCGCGCGCGCUCAGGUAUUACUACGAUGGAGACAUGAUCUGCAAGGUCCACGGUAAAAGAUUCGUCUACAAGUUUGUCUGCGAUCUGAAGCAGCUGAUUGGCUACAGCGCGGCGGAGCUUAACCGCCUUGUCAUGGAGUGCGAAAAGAAGAAGUUCAACCAGCCGAAGCACAGCGCGUACACGACACAGAAGAAGGGCCUCGACUCCAACGUCGUUCCGCUACACUCGCUACCGUAGGUGCGAGCGGUGUUCAGAACGUCGGAACGUGGACUUGCUGCAUUCCCUGACAGGUUCGUGCGGUGUUCUGAACAUCAGAACGUCGUUCCACUACAUUCGCUAUCGUAGGUUCGUGCGGUGUUUUGAACGUCGGAACGUUGACUUGCUGCAUUCACUGACAGGUUUGUGCGGUGUUCCGAACAUCAGAACGUCGUUCCAAACAGGAUCGGAGUUUAACUCUGCUCGCUGUCAUUAGUUCGCACAGUGAUCCGAACCUCAUGACACUUCACUUGUCGUCGUAAGUUCAAGCUGUGUUCGGAACGUUGGAAGUUUACUGGAAUUUAUUUCCUGUAGGGGCGCCACUGCAAUGGUAACCAUGCGCGUAAUCACAGCUGCUCUCGCGUGAUGUUGACACCACUGCUAGGUAACAUUGAGCUUCCUGCUGUAGCAUUAUCCUGUGUGUUCCAGUAAAAUGGGGUUAGUUUUCAUGAAGGAACACCAUCUGGCAUUUAGGUGUGCCCAGGCAUCCUCAGUUGGGCCCAGGACCCCACCAACCGAUGAAUGCCUGCAUGCCUUAUUUUAAGGGUCAGCUCCCAUCUUGUGUAGCUAUAUUGCACAAUGCUUUGCUGCUGCCCACGCAGGCCAAUGGUUUUUGCAUGAAUGGUCCAUCAGAACUUAACAUGUGCUACAAAUGCCUGUAACUGCCGGAUUCUAUUUCUGUAAAAGUGUGAAAUCUGCGAGUGGUGUUGUUGUGUUAUAUGAACUUGAUAAGAAGCAGCAGCCGUCUCUAAACAACAAGUGAGCAAGGGUGUGAUGUAAAUAAUAUAAAUGUUGGAAUUCUUGGAUGAGAAAAGCCUUAAACAAUGUAGCUUUAGUUAGCAUGGUGGCAGAUGUAACAUGUGGUAGAAUGGUGGCCUGACUCAACGAAAAUCUGAGAUGCAAAGAAAUAUCUGUGUGGUAACGACAUCUGUUCCACUCUCUACUCUAAUUGUUAGAUAGAUGUCGUUAAGUAACACCACGAGUCUAGAAUGUAAUAACUUUUGCACAGGAAAUGCUGUGCCAGUGUUAUGUCAUUUUAGACCUUUUAGUCGUAGAUAUUGACGUUUCUGACAAUGGGCUACCUGGUUCCUUUAAUGCACAGCUGACAAUAGUCGAUUGUUGUCUCUAGCGUUGCAGAGGCGAAAGCUUUGCUUGGCCGUCUGAUAGCAAUGCUGCUGCUGCUGCUAUUCCGAAUGCAGUGCUAGGCGUUGUAGCCUUCCAGCACGUCUUCUGGCGGUCGUUGAUAUUGAGACUGGGGCACUCUCCAGCCGCGCCAUCAUUGUACAUAGUUCGGUUAACGAAGGAGGACCUAAUUAGGUAGUUCUAUUCAUAUAUGCAGCUCGUUCAGUCUUGAUUUUUUCAUAGGCCUCGUUAGACUGGUGAGCUUUCCAAAGUCUAGCUUCAAACAAAAAACAAGGCUACGCAGCAGCAUGUGUGAAUAAGCGGUUGCGUUGAAUGACAGCGAUUCGCUGGCACCACCUGACAAACGCUAGUUAACUUGUAAGGUUACAGCAUUUCUCAGUGCUACUGUAUGGAUGUGACGUUUAAGCUGUGUGCCGUAUGUCUACCCAGGAACGAUCCUGGGAAAAUUUUCAAGGCAGGGGGGAGGCAAAAUUUUGUGACUCGAUCUGCCUAGUGAUGCACAAGCGAGGGGUGCAACUCCUAAUCUACGAGGGUUUCACGGAUGAUUUCCGCUUAUUUAAAUGUUAUUUGAAUUCGUUAGAAAUUCGUUUUAAUAAAUAAAUUUGGCUGUUA